GUGGGCGUUCCCGCCUUGCCAAAAGAAUCGUGGCCGCCGUUUCCCGAUGAAAGUCGAAGCGUGUGUCGCUUGAAAGACGUCGCUGUUGUCCUGUUGCCAUUCGAAGUGUUUAGUUCAAAGACGCCACGAGUCGCCAACACUGAAGCAAGCAAGCUAAAGUAUGGAAAUCGGCAUGCACGACGUGUCAAACAUGGAGACUGAGUGCAGCAGCUGUGAAGAUGCAAUGAAGAGGGACAGGCACGAUAGCUGCCUGUGCGAGGACUGCCUAAUGCAGAGUAUCAACUUUUUUGGACAGCAAGAAAGUGUGCUGGAGAGGCGUUUUAAACGAAGAAGUGUAACGUCCAUGGACGACAUUCAUCAAAAAAUAAUCAAGGAACCCAAAAUGGACAUGGAUAUAGUGUCUCCCGUUUGGUGCCCCUCCUCGACAGUAGCAGAACAGCCGAUGAUGUUAGGGCCAUCAAGAAAUAUGUACAGUGAUGUUCUUUCCCGUUAUCGAGAAGGAGAAAUGUUCUCAAUGAUUCCAUACGUAGUAGAUUUGUCAAAGAAGUUAAUUCCAGGACUAUGGGAGAAGGAAAAGCUGAAAGAGGUGCUCAACAAAUUCAUUCUGACCAAAGAUACUCUAGAACAGGUCAUUGCAGCCAUGAAUGAAGACUUUGACAAUGGACUUUCGAAUGAUCCAGAAAGAAGUCACAAAAGUCCAAUCAAAAUGCUUGUGACAUAUGUUCGCUCAACUCCCAAUGGUUCUGAAAAGGGUGAUUUCUAUGCACUUGAUCUUGGUGGCACUAAUUUCAGAGUUUUGCUUGUGGAAAUUCAUGAUAAGAAAAUUUCAAUGUCACACAAGCAAUAUGCAAUGGAUGAUGCUUUGAUGAAAGGGUCUGGUAGCAAUUUAUUUGCGUAUAUAGCUGAAUGUCUGGCUAAGUUUUCAAAUGAGCACAAAGUUAACAAGCUCUGCUCAGUUGGGUUCACUUUUUCAUUUCCAAUUGAUCAAAAAAGUUUAACCUCUGGGAAUCUCAUUAAAUGGACAAAGGGAUACAGUGCUGAUGGAGUGGAAGGAAAAGAUGUGGUUCAGUUAUUACACAAUGAGUUAGAUAAAAGAGAUGACCUUAAAGUCCAUAAAGUUGCACUUGUCAAUGAUACAACUGGCACGAUGGUUGCAUGUGCAUUUGAUGAUCCUGAUGUUGAAAUAGGACUUAUUCUUGGGACUGGAACAAAUGCCUGUUACAUGGAAAGAACUUCUAACAUUCCUAAGUGGGAUGGGGAUGAUGGACCUCCAAAACAAGUCAUCAUUAACACGGAGUGGGGUGCAUUUGGUGAAAAAGGAGAACUAGAUUUUGUCAAGACAGAUUAUGAUAUUAAAGUUGACCAAGAGUCGCUUUACCCUGGAGAACAAGUAUAUGAGAAAAUGAUAUCAGGAAUGUAUCUUGGGGAAGUUGCAAGACAGGUACUGGUGGAGUUGAUAAAUGAAAAAGUAAUAUUCAAUGGCCUUGUCACUCCACUGCUCCAGAAGACAGGCAGUUUUGAAACAAGAUUCUUGUCUGAUAUUGCUAGCGAUGAAGCAAAGAAGAUACUUGAGGUGCUGGAACACCUAGGCUACAAGCCAAAUUUGAAUGAGCUCCAGGUUGUCAAAGAUGUCUGUGAUAUGAUAUCAAUGAGAUCAGCCAGACUGGCUGCAGCAGGAUUGGCAACUAUAAUUAGAAGGUUGGACAAAAAGAAGUUGACUGUUGCGGUAGACGGCAGCUUGUUUAAGAAGCACCCCAAGUUCAAGAGCUACAUGGCAGAGACGUUACUUGAGCUGGUUCCUGGUAAAGUGAAGUUGAUGUUAUCUGAAGAUGGUUCGGGCAAAGGGGCUGCACUGGUUGCGGCUGUUGCCUCCAGGUUAGAAGCAGAAAACCAGUAGACAUUUUUAUACAUUAAUUGUGUAAUUUUAUCGAGUAUUUAUGUAUUAUUGUCAUUAAAGUGGAUUUUAUAUACACGCAAUAGUGGACAUUGAAUGGAUUGUUUAACACGCACUUGAAACAUUGCAUUUUGGCUAAAUAUAAGAAAAUUCUACUGUGCAUCUUGCAACUUGACUAUUUGUGAAUUGAUGAUAUGUUGCAAGUAAAUUGGCCCGUAUGUACUGUAGAUGGCAACGCAACAGUGUAAUUCGCUACACAUUAACUAUAUAUGUAAUUUUUGUUAAAAAAUGAGCAAGGAAACCAUAUGAGCUUCAAGCUCGGUUGUUACAAAUCAUGCUGAUGCUGCCCUCUAAGCAAGAAACUGUUUGCAGCAUCGACGUCUUGAAAUAGUCGUGUAAAAGACUCGACCUUUUGUCUGGUCUUAUUAUCGACAGCCUCGAUCGCAAGUAUGCAGUUUCACAACGAAGUCAGCAGCUCAUUAUAUUAUUAAAAAUUGUCAAGAUUUAACUCUCUUAACAACAAAAUAAGCACAAGAUUUCCAUACAAAAUACCUCCAAAAAACAAAAUUUCCAGCGCCUUUUAUUGAAAAGUCUCUCAUUAGAACUUAAAAAGGUUUUUGCAAUUUUCUAUGGUUUGGCCAAUAAAUAAUGCAGAGUCCAGUUUAUAAAGCCAUUCCGCACAAUUAACUUAAUCAAGCUUUUUCAAAAGCUGCCGACUAUUACAGCUCUCUUCGUACCGGUUGUUAUCUGACCAUUUUACACCAAGCGUAUCUCCUUGCUAGUACCGAACCAUGGAUAUCUUUAGAUAAUGUUAUAGAAAUUUUCUGUCAUUUAUAUAAACUGUUAUCACGGCGAGAGUACAAUUAUUUCGUCGAUAAAGAAUUAGACCAAUGUACUGACGAGACUAGAUAUAGUCAAUGUCAGAUAGUUCAUAAUUCAAAGGGAAGCCAAUUUUGCCGAGUUUUUUUAAACUUAAGCUAUCAAACGUUUGUCUAACCACGAUUAUAAUUAUUAUAACGAAUGGAAAUAUUACCUGUCUUAGACAUUUUACAUUUUCCGGCUGUCAAAUCGUUUGGUUUUAACAGUAUUUCGUUUUGAUUCUCGUCUGCAAUUUAAUAGCAUGCGCUAGUCUGCCCUGAACAUCCCCAUUGUAUUUUGUACUGAUAUAAGUAAUAUAGGCUGUUGUGGAUCAUAAUCGUUUUUUGACUUUAUAACUAAUAAGGUAGGUAGUCUGGGCAGGGUCUCAGGAAUAAUUUUCACACACAAGAGUCUUGAAGUCGCUAGGCCAUUAUUUUUGUUUACAGAAUUUCUCUCCUUGUUCACAAUUAAUGCCCGGUUCGAGGGGCAAUAAACUCUUACAAAUAGCGUACGAGUUUUCCAUGAAAACAAAAAUAUUUCUAGGAAUAUUUUUCAGAUAAAACAAUAGGAUUUUCACCAAAGGUGUACGAGAUUUUGGACUUGUAUGCCCCUCGGCUUGUUAAGAUAAUGUAAAGGGGGCAGAUCUCCAAUAAAUUUUAAUUAUGCUAUUUUGUGACCAUUUUCUUGUCCUAUAUCACUGCACACAAGCAGUAUGAAGCAUUUUUACCUUUGGUAGACUUAUGCAUAUUUGUUUGUUUACAUAUUUAAUGUAAUUGUAAACUGUGUUUGUGUAAAUAUUUGUCCAGUCUUUGA